CGGAGAGAUGCACGAAACGAGCCAGUUGCAGUAAAGCAGUAGACAUUAAGCGACUCGCGAAUUGAAAACACGUAGCUAACAAAGCAGAACCAGCCCGGCCGUGACCAAACGCUUGCCCUAGUCUCCUAGUCGAAUCCCUCAGUGCAACGCAACACAGCUCGGACUAAAUAUUUUUUUAAUAUUCGCCGCAACCAAAUCAAAGCAUGUUCUCGGAAUAUGUGUUUCCCGGUAAAGGCUUGCACCGCUCACAAAUAAUGAAGUGAUAUGAAGAGCUUGAUGUAACACAAAACAGGUUUUAUUAAUCUAAAAUGCAUCGUUUAUUAUUUUUCAGUAAAUAUUUGCUACAUUUUAAUAAUUGUUUAUUCACGUAAAGCAUAUUUAUUUUUAUAUAAAUGAUAAACUCGCUGCGAUAAAAAUAAUCUGUUUGUUGCAAAUCCCUGUCUACUGCAUAUUUUGACGGGAGUAAUUUAUUUUUGUUACCAAAGGAAAGUCAAAAAGUAUUCGUUGUUGUGAUAUUGAUGUGUUGUGAUUUUUAAGUAUUAAAUAGUAAUAAUUUGUGAAAAUGAUGAAGAAAGAAAAACCCAUGAUGUCCGUAACGGCUAUUAUACAGGGAGCUCAGGCACAACACUGGGGCCGAUCUUUGGCUGGAUUUGGCCCACCUCACUUUCCACUAGGAUAUCCAUAUUCAAAUGGAUUAACAUUGGAUCAAAAUUUGACGAUCGGACAAUUGGGUCCGCAAUCUCCAUUAGAAAUGAAACCUGAUGCGUCCCAACUAGGCCAGUUUAGUCCUCAGGGACCGAACAGUCCAGGAUCGUUCUCAUUGGGGGGCCAUGCCAGUGUGCUGAGUCCAUCGGCAGGGCAAAAAAGCGCAAACUCUCCGUACCCUCCAAACCAUCCACUAAGUGGUUCCAAACAUUUAUGCUCAAUUUGUGGUGAUAGAGCCAGUGGAAAGCAUUAUGGAGUAUAUAGCUGUGAGGGAUGCAAAGGAUUCUUUAAGAGAACAGUUAGAAAAGAUUUAUCUUAUGCCUGCAGGGAGGAGAGAAAUUGUAUAAUUGAUAAGAGGCAAAGAAAUAGAUGCCAAUAUUGUAGAUAUCAGAAAUGUUUACAAAUGGGCAUGAAAAGGGAAGCUGUACAAGAAGAAAGGCAAAGAACAAAAGAUAGAGACACUUCUGAAGUGGAAUCUACGUCGAAUAUGCAGACUGACAUGCCUAUUGAAAGGCUCCUUGAAGCUGAGAAAAGAGUUGAGUGCAACGAUGCAUCUGUUUCACAUGAAGUCAUAGGAAACAACAUUUGUCAAGCUACAAAUAAGCAACUAUUGCAGCUGGUUGAAUGGGCUAAACUCAUUCCUCAUUUCACAUCUUUACCCGUAACUGACCAGGUGCUAUUACUUAGAGCCGGCUGGAAUGAAUUACUUAUUGCUGCCUUUUCACAUAAAUCUAUACAGGCUCAAGAUGGUAUAAUUCUAGCAACCGGACUAACAGUAAACAAAUCUACUGCUCAGGCUGUUGGUGUAGGCACAAUUUAUGAUAGAGUCCUUUCAGAAUUAGUAAAUAAAAUGAGAGAAAUGAAAAUGGAUAAAACUGAACUGGGAUGUUUACGAGCUAUAAUCCUGUUUAAUCCAGAUGUCAGAGGGUUAAAAUCGACGCAGGAAGUCGAAAUUUUAAGAGAAAAAAUUUACGCUGUUUUGGAGGAGUACACGAGAACAACGCAUCCAAACGAACCAGGUAGAUUUGCUAAAUUACUGUUACGUUUGCCAGCGCUAAGAUCCAUUGGUUUGAAAUGUCUGGAUCAUUUAUUUUUCUUUAGAAUUAUUGGAGAUGGAUCAUCUAUUGAUACCUUUCUUACAGAAAUGUUAGAAAAUCAAAGUGAUACCUAACAAUUUUCAUUACUAAAUGCAUUCAGUAAAGCAACCUAAUUUUUAGAUUUAAAUACCUACUCAUUCAUUUCUUUUAAUAUGGUACAAUGCAUUUUUUAAUAAAAAC